GAGCAUGUGUGGAGGGAGGGAGGCUGGGCUGGGUGACAUGCAAACAGGGAGUGUGGGAGACAGGCAGGCAGGCAGAUACAAAGAGACAGGAAAGAAAGAAGGAUAGUCAGGCAGGCAGCAGGCAGACAGGUCUGAUAUUAGCCUAGCAUACAGCCAGCAGUUAUGGAUGUUGUUUUCUCAGUUCCCAGGCAGCAGGUACUAGCAGUCAGCGCGCAUGGUGAGGCGACUCUAAACAAACUGGAUGACCUCUCCCUCACUCUUUUUUUCCUAUUUCUUUCUCUUGCUCUUUCCAUCGGUCUUCUCUUUCAAAUUUCGGUGUGUCUUACACACAUAACUGACAUAAGGUGGCCCUGAUGCAUCCCUCUUCUCAUCACGAACACACUAAUAUGCAAACCAGUGCGGCUGCUUAAUACAACCUGUGGCUAUUUAUACCCCCUGCUGCCUCUCGGCCAUGCCCAUCCUCAUCAAGCCACGAGAGCUCCUUCCCGCUUUUGUCUCUCCUCAUGAACACGUCCGGAACAUCGCCACGGAGACCGGCAACAACGGCCAGUGGUUGCUGUGGUAACCGCAGACACCACCGGGCCGCAGACCCCUACAUCCAAAUGCUGCUGUGUCUAUUCCAGUGCAGCGGGCACCACUAGUAAGCAUCCUCUUAGACUCAGCCUCGCUGUCUCUCUCCACGGCCUGGUCUUCAAGCGACUCUGCUAUCCUGGCCGCUAACUGGUUUGGAUUGAGUUUGUUCAUGUGAAGUGCGCUAUCGUUCUUGGUUGGUUCCUGUUUUGGUAUAUCGGUGUGUUGGGGUGGUUAAACUGAACAGUUCUCUCUCCAUGGCCUAGACUGCUGAGCCAGCUGGACAUCUGGCUGGACAUCUGUCUCCCAGCCCGCCUCACACUCAUCUUCUUUUCCAGUGGAGGUGACAGCUUUUCGUGGAAAUUAUGGAUGGAAAAUAGAUCUUCAACUUCGACAGAUUCUUUACCAAUAAGAGAGUUCACCGUGACAACCGCGGUGGGACUGGGACCCUGCCCCUGCCGUUUGCCAGGGCGACAGCGGUGCGAUGGAGCCCCAGGGGUGGCUGGGAGCCGAGGGGGAUUGUGGGAUGCUGGGGUUGCUGGUCCCGAGCCCCCAGAGUGAGGCUGUGACCCACGAGCUGGAGGAGCUGACCCUGCAGCCCACCCAGAAGCUUCCGCCUCUCAACGAACGCAAGAACGUUCUGCAGUUGAGGCUGCAGCAGAGGCGUACCCGUGAGCAGCUGGUCGACCAGGGCAUCAUGCCACCUCUUAAGAGUCCGGCGGCGUUCCAUGAGCAGAUCCGCAGCCUGGAGAGAGCCAGGACGGAGAACUUCCUGAAGCACAAGAUCCGCAGUCGUCCUGAGAGGUCUGAGCUGGUCAGGAUGCACAUCCUCCAAGAGACGGGAGCAGAGCCCUCUCUGCAGGCGACCCAGAUGAGGCUGAAGAGAGCCCGCCUGGCUGACGAUCUGAACGAGAAGAUCUCCCAGAGACCUGGACCCAUGGAGCUGGUGGUGAAGAACAUCCUGCCUGUGGACUCCAGCGUCAAGGAGGCCAUCAUAGGUCCCUCAGAGGGCCAGGUCGACUACCCCGGCUUCGACGAGGACAGUGGAGACGCUCUCUCCCCAGAGCAGCCAGCCAGCCACGAGUCCCAGACCUCAGCCCCCUCCCCUGGGGAGGCCAGGGCCCCUGAGACCCCCUCUCCUUCCCCCUUACCCAGCGCCGUCCUACCACAGUCUUUACCUGUGGUCACCCAAGUAACAGCAGACUUCCUCAAAGGUCUCUCCUCCAAUGAGCAGCCAGUGUCCCGUCCUGCUGCCCCAGCUCAGCCUAUCACCACAGUCGCUCCCUCAAAGCCGGGGCCAACCCUGGUGAAACAGAGCCAGCCCAAGCAGCCUUCAGAGAAGAGUCGCAGUAAGAAGGGGAAGGAGGCCAAGUCCAAAGUGAAGAAGCUCAAGUAUCACCAGUACGUUCCCCCGGACCAGAAGCCCGAGGCCAGCGAAGCUCCCAUGGACUCGUCCUACGCCAGGAUACUGGAACAGCAGCAGCUCUUCCUGCAGCUGCAGAUCAUCAGCCAGCAGCAGCAGCACUACAACUACCAGACUAUACUACCUGCUCCCCUGAAGCCAGUGGUGGAGGGUCAGACCAAUGGUGCCAACAAUCUGCCAACCUCUAUUAUGGUAUCCCUGCCCGCCCCUGCGCCCGUACGGCCCAACAACAGUCUGUCCAACCGCAGGCCUGGCGUCCUGCCUGCUAACCUAGAGGACAUGAAGGUGGCAGAGUUAAAGAUGGAGCUGAAACUGCGAGGUCUCCCCGUGUCAGGAACCAAGACGGACCUCAUCGAGAGGCUGAGGCCCUUCCAGGAGAGCCCCAGCCUCCCAUCCGCAGCCCCUGCUCCAGCCUCGGGCUCUGUGCCCGGCCCCAGUCCUGGGCCCUCCACCCUGUGCUCCCUCCCUAUGGAGGUCACCUCCGCCCCUGCCCUGCUCUUGCCCAACCAUCAGGGGGGACCAGAGACCAUGAGCCCCACCCCUCCCGUCUCUACGAUCCCCUUAGACCCUUCCAGCCUCCGAGAGGACCCAGGGAUGUCUGAGCGGCCCUGGGACCCCCAGACGGUGAGCCCUGGUCGCCCAGGCUCCUCGCCCCUGGGCCUGGGGAUCCUACCAGGGAUGGUACGAGAGGAGAAAGACAGGCGCCUCCAUGAGAAGGAGCGCCAGAUAGAGGAGCUGAUGAGGAAACUGGAGCAGGAACAGAGGCUGGUGGAGGAGCUCAAGAUGCAGCUGGAGGUAGAGAAGAGAGGGCCAGUAGCCCCCAACCCCUCCAUGGACACCUCCAUCACCUCUUCCCUCAUCCCCAACACCCUCACCUCCAACUCAGUCAAGAUGGAGGGCAGGGUGUCCCCGAACUGCUCCAUCACAGCCACCUCCAUCCUGGGAGCCCAGCCUCAACCUCCGGCUCUCUCCACGGUCGUGAAGCUGGAGGAGGCUGUCUCAGUCCCUCAUCUCCAGCUCCAGAACCAAACAUAUACCCAGCAACCCCACACCCAAACUCAGACCCAACCUAACCACUACCCCCAGCCCAGUCCUCCUAGCCUGCCCCAGUUCUUCUUUAGCCACCAGGGGGCAGUGUCCCAUGUGUUGGGCCAGCCCCAGACCCUACAGCCUGGCACCCAGAUCCUGCUGCCAGUCUCUCUGCCCAGCAAUGCCACGGCCAUCCAGCUGCCCACCACCGCCGUCAGUCUACAGGCUACCAUGUCGAAUCAAGCCCCAGGCCUGGUGCAGGCCUCCAUCCCCCAGAUGCACUCUGCCAACAUAGAGACCGCCCCCUCUCAGCAGCUAGCCAAUCACAACCGCUUACUGCAGAAUCUGACAGUGUGCAACAGUACUGGCUCUGGGAUGGUGGAGAACCAGACUAGGCCCGAGAUGCAUCCUCAGGUUUUCCUAAGCAGCUCCCCAGAAAACAACAGGAUCUCACCUCGGGCCUCACCUAACCACACUCUCUCCAAUGGCCCCACAAACAAGUCAGCCUCUGCGUCCCAGCCCACCUUCCUUCUCCACCCCUCCAACCUGGUUGGUCAACCCCCCAAGGCCAGAGAGCCCCCCCGCUAUGAGGAUGCAGUUAAGCAGAGUCGUAACCUGCACACCAACAAUCUCCCACAGGUUACCACGGCAACCAGUCAGCAGAUGGACGACCUGUUUGACAUCCUGAUACAGAGUGGAGAAAUGACCCCCUUCAUCCAGCAUGACCCUCCUCUGUCACUCACCAAGACCAUCCCCCUCCACACCACCACGUCUGCUACUGUCACCACCCUCCCUGUAAACACCGCCCUCUCCAGACACCCACCCCAGGUCCAGUCUGCCCCCCCUCCCACCCUUAGCCCCAGCUCUGACCCUAGCUUCAGCCUCAGCCCCCCCGGCAUCCCCGGCCUCAUCCUCAGUCCCAGCCCCGACCCCAGCCUCAGCCUGACCUCCCUGGCAUCCGACAACCAGCUAGAGGCCUUCCUGGAGCGAAGCCUGGGGGUAGGAGUGGACCCGUCCCCAACCUCGGAUCCUCGGACCCUGGGUCUGAUGGCGGAGCUGCAGACCCAUCUCCUGGAGCAGCCCUACUCUCCCAUGGACACCUCCGAGUUGUCCUUCUGUGACUCCUCCUCGCCCCCCUCAUCCCUCAACAUGGGCCUGUCGGACCCAGCACUGGAUAACAUGGAGUGGCUGGACCUUACCAUGCCCACGGGGCCAGCAGGGGGGGUCACACCUCUGGGCAUACCCUCUGACCUGCUGGACACCCACGACCUGCAGCUGCACUGGGACUGAGGGGGGAGGGGGGGUGGAGGGAAGUGGGUCUUUGAAGGAGAAGAGGAAUCAAGGGAUAAGGAGUGACAAGGUGGUGCAUAUCUUUAACCUGUUAGGGUUAGGGGAAACAGGGAUGGGACCGAAUUCGGAGUCCCCACAAGGAUAGCUGUACACAGGGUCUUUGUGUGUGUGUAGAGUCUGGAGCUAGAGCUUGGAUCUACUGUACACCUAUACUGUAGCUGAUCUAGUCUUAGACAUCCCUGCUGUGCCACUCAAUUGACUGUGUACAGUCAAUUCUGACACAAAACAUGCCUUGUUUACACUGGUCUCUGUGCUCAGCUUAUCAACCACUCUGAUACAUAUUCCUAUCAGAUAGGACUGUUUAUGUUUUGUGAAGAGGACUCUUGACAGUUCGAUGGUCUUACCAGAAUUGACGACCAAGAACCAAGACUGUUCAAGCCCUGGACAAGGAGUGGCUGGACUCCACUCACUCCGUGAGAACUAUGCACUUAAGAGGCGGGGUCUCUAGGUAGGCUCCAUUGCCUCAGACAAGGAAAUGUGAAACACAUUUGAGUCAAAGUGAAUCAAAGUCUGAAUCCAAGGUUCAACGAUGAAUCAGAGAUUCGAUUUUUACAAUUUGUUUCGUUUAGAACGGGUGUAACAGCAGGUGGUCUCCACUAGGGGGAGCCUGCAGUACUAGUCAAUGUGUCUGAAUGUAAACCAGAAUGUUGGCAGCUGCAUCUACUAGAACUGAUACUGAGCUAUCAGUGGCGAGGGAACACACACAGUACCACACUUAUUUGUGAUAAUGCUACGUGGUUGAUAACCUGUUCUCAUGGGGCACAGCCUUUUGAGAGAGGAGGGGCGGGGGGGGGGGGGGGGGGGGUCUCUGUUUGUCUUGAUCUCACAGCUCUGUCCUGUCUGUGUCUUGUUGUAUGUGAGAGAUGGAGAGGCUUGCCUGAGUGUCUUCCUGUGUCUGUGUUUAACUUAGUGUGGACUGCCUCACACGGAAGUAUGUCGUGUCAGUGUGUGUUUUGUCUGUUUUAUUACGAGUGUUUGCAUGUGUCGCUCUAUUGUGGUUUCUGACUGUCUUGAAUGCAUGAUUGUAAACCUACGUCAAACUUUGGGCCGUACAAAAGACGUUCAUUUGUAGCCUGUCAAGAGUCAUGAGUGAAAUAUUUUUGGUCAAGUUUGAUAUCUGUUUGCCAAAACAACCAUAAUCUCCGACCCUGGUGUUGACAUGAUAUUGUCUCCCUAGCCAAGCUGUUUGAAGACUGUUCUGUCUUCCUCGUAUGGUUUGUGUUCAAAAUGCACAGUCCCCUCCUGGAGGUGUGACCAACACACAGACUACCAAACCUGCUGACACCCUAAGCCCACACUACCUUGUAGAGAUUGGAGAAUAUUGGGCAGGUUUCCAUGACACAUGGAUAUACCUGCCACCUGGUUGGCUGGUUGGAGUGACUGUAUUGCUUUGUGCCGUCCAGUGGCGUUAGAUCCUCACACUGAAGGGAGCUGGGCUUGGUAAAAUCACGAAGGUAAAGCAUCUGGUUUAUCUACCAGCUAGCCAGAUAUUAAUUUGAUGUUUCAGAGCUUGGUUAUUUUCAUCCAGACUGCUUCGUCUUGUCACUACCUGCUACAGCAUGUACAUGAUGGACCACUGAUGUAUCUGUCCACAUUUUUGAUGGGGUUUCUGACCCGUACACAGGCAGGUCCACUUUACAGCACUUUGGGAUCAAGGGGAUUUUUCUUUCUUCUUGGUCAUUGUCGUCUAUGAACAAUCAUGUUGAGUGAAAUGAUCCUGUGGUCUUCUGAAACACUCGGCCUCUUGGCUGUCCUGCCAUGAGCAUUAGAGGGUAAUGGGACUACUUUGCUGUCCACUCGAGACCUGUGGCCUGUAUUCCAUGUUAAUUAAGACCACUAUAACCUACUAUUGUGUGCACUGUGCAGUGCAUCACAGGAGCAGAUUCAAUUUCCAUCCAUGUCAAGGAAAGUUUCACCACAAGUUUAGAAUAAACCUUCAGGCACAGCCCUUUAUUUGCAUGCUGAUGACACUUCAGUACUUUUGUUUUCUCAAACAUGAAUUACAUGUCAAGGUAUAUUUAAGCCAAAUGCAACACAGUUCACAGCACUGGUUGUUUGUUAAAUAUUAGGAAUCAAGUCGCUUGUAAAUGGAAAAUGACCUGUUGUUUCUGAGCUUGUUGACUUGUCUCUUUACUGGGCCAUCAAAAUUUGUUGUUGCCAAACAAGACAGUGGAACAUUUUUCCAUUGGAUAUCCAAUCGAUACGUUUUCUUCUAUUUAUCAUGUUUUGUGUGCAAUAAAUACCCUAAUUUUAAUAGUUUGAAGGAGGGAUUUUAGUGUAUAUCUUGGUUUACUUGAUAUCAAACGUACAUAUACAUUGGGACUAAGUGGUCAAGACAUCAAUGGCCAAAAAUGUCAAUGUAAAUUGAAAUAAUUUCAUUUUAUUUGUGUAAAACUGUAUAUUUAUAUGACAUUUGUCACUGUUGCUUUGUUGAACACAUUCUAGAGUUCCACUGGAGGGAAGUGUAGACUUGCAUCUCCAGAGCUGUAACUACAGAA